AUGACUAAGAAAACCGACUCGGCAACGGAAAGUCUCAAGAAAUCAAAACAUAAGGAUGAAAAACGCAAAUCAAAGAAAGACAAGAGCUCAGGAGGCACUGAGAAGAGAGUCAAAAAGAAAAAAUUGGAAGUUAUAGAAAAAGUUGAAGAAGUGGCGAAAACGACAGACGCUGGAGAUCCAGUAGUUGAUCUGGGGAAACCGAAGAAGAGCAAAAGAUCGGGAGAUACUGAGAAAAAAAGCAAAAAGAAAAAGACAGAAAACGUUGAGAGCACAGAAGAGUUACAACCAGCAACUGAAUCGUUGCCAGUAGCUGAGUUGGAGGAAACAGAAGAGAAGGGUACGUCAUCAGGAGAUAUCGAAAAACUCGAAAAGAAAGAAUCCGAAGAAAUUGAAGUUAUCGAAGAGAAGAACAAACAAGAGGUCUCCGAAGAUGUAAACGAUGAAUCAAAAGCAAAUGGAUCUAAUGAGUCAAAGAAAACGAAGAAAACAAAGACUAAAGAGGGUGAUAAGCCGAAAAAAUUAAAAGCGUCUGAAAAACUUCAAGAUGCUGAAGUUUCGCCUACAAAACCAAAGUCUAACAAGCGAAAACGUGAAAACCCUUCAGAAGUUGAGAUAUCCGAUUCGGAGGAAGAAGUCACAAACGGAUUUGCCGAAGAGGACAAAUCUAAUAUCAAUGGAAAUGUAGAAAUUGGGGAAGUCGCAGAUAACACUGAUAAUGACGAUGAGAAGGUCGAGAGUCACUCUGCAGACGGUAAUUCAGCAAACGCCACUAUGAAAUCGGUAAUAUCUGAAGGCCAGCAUGGAAUUUGGAUUGGAAACCUAAAUUACCAAACUUCUGAAGAAAGCCUAAGAAGUUUUCUCAAUGAAUGUGGAGAAAUUACGCGAGUAAAGAUGCCAAAAAACUUUGAUCAGACGAAUAAAGGCUUUGCCUACGUGGACUUUUCGUCAGCAGAUGCUGUUAAAGCUGCAGUGGCGCUUAGCGAGGGAGUACUUGAAGGACGGAACUUGCUUAUUAAAGAUGCCAAUGAUCGGAGCGAUAGUACUGACAAGGGUGUAAUGCUGUUUGUUGGGAAUCUCCCGUGGGAAACUGAAGAAGCAGAUCUUCGAAACCAUUUUGGAGAUUGUGGAGAGAUUAUCAGUAUUCACAUGCCAGUGCACGCUGAUUCUGGGAAAUUCAAGGGUUUUGCACGUAUUAAAUUUGCGGACGCGUCUGCCAUCGAUAAUGCUUUGUCAGAUUACAAUAAGCAGUACUUCAAUGAUCGGAUGUUACGAUUAGAUCGCGCAUAUAACGCUAAUAACAGUAACCAUAAUAAUCAUAAUGGGGAUACAGGAUACAAGAAACAAUUAUCCGAACCCAGUUCUACUCUCUUUGUGGGUAAUUUACCAUUUAGCACGUCCGAAGACGAAUUAUAUAAUUUCUUUGGAGAAUCCGAGAAUGUCGUAGGAGUACGUCUUCCAACAUUCGAAGAUUCUGGGAAGAUCAAAGGAUUUGCGUACAUCGACUUUGAAGACAUAGCAGCUGCCGAAAGAGUGCUUAACGAUACUUCUAAACAUACACUCAACAACCGGCCAUUGAAAAUGGAUUACAGUCCUUCAGGGUCAAAGAACAGUCAUAAGGGCGGAAAUUACAAUAACGGUGGCUACCGAUCAACUCCGCGUAAACGUUCUCAAUACGGCAGCACCUUUGGAGGCGGUCGCGGAGGCGGCCGUGGAGAUGGUCGUGGAAGUGGUCGUGGAGGUGGUCGUGGAGGUGGUCGUGGAGGUGGUCGUGGAGGUGGUCGUGGAGGCGGCUACGGUCAAUCUUCGUUUGGCAGGGGUAGUCCGCGUGGGGCUGCUCGAGGUGUAAAUGCGAUUGCUUCCCGUGCCAAGGGUACGAUUGCAGAGUUUCAAGGGACUCGAAUGAAGUUUGACGAGUGA